AGUGAAGUGCCUACCUACAUACACUUGCAAUUUAUAUAAAUUAUGUUGGGUCAAUCGGUGGAUUCUUAGUUGUCAAUUUACUUCAGGGUUGAAUACUACCAAAAAAAAAAUGAAAAUUCAACUUUUCUUGAUUGGGCUAGUUACUUUGGGGGUGGUAUCCGCAGGAAAUAUCGAAGAGUACGGAGAACCAAAACUAGAAGGUAUCAUAGAUGGUCUGAUCAACACAACGAUCAACAACAUCUUGGCAAACUUGACUGAUCCCAUCGCCAUUUCCAACCUGUCGCUCAGCUUCGACCAGGACUUACUCAGUGGUUCUACCAACAUUUCCAAAUUCCAACUUUAUGGCAUUAAAAAGUUGGUUGCCACUAACAUCUCUGUCAGCGUACUGUCGUUGGCAAUGAACGCUACCAUUGAAGUACCACAGAUUCUACUCAACACUAAAUAUUAUGCCGAUAUUGUUGCUGCCCAGCUGGUUCCUCUUUAUGGAGAUGGUUCCAUCAGUGCUACCAUCGAUGACAUCGUGAUCCAAGUGGGUGGAAAAGUGAACAUGACAGGCGGUUUGUCCUUGUCAAACGUAACAGUUGCCUUCACCUUAGGAGAUGCCACAUUUUCCUUGACUGGUCUCCUAAAUAAUCCGGAUCUUAGUUCCCUGAUCAGUCAAGUUCUAAACGAUAACGUGGUCAGUUUCAUUAACGAUAACGUCGAGGUUCUUAGCAAGAUUAUCAGUCCAAUUGCUCAACAGUUGAUCAAUGUCAUCUUAAAUGGAGGAUCUAGCAGUGCCCUCGAAGAAGAAUUGAGGGCUUACCACUAUGACAGCCAGCAGAAAUUAUCUUAAAAUAAAUGUAAAUUUUAAUAGAAGUACAUGUUUAAUAGGA